AUGGAGAACGAAAGAGGCGAGCUCGUAGAUCUCUACAUCCCGCGCAAGUGCAGCGCAACCAACCGCCUCAUCCGCCCCGAUGACCACGGCUCCGUCCAGAUCUCUGUCGCCAACGUCGAUGCCAACGGCCGCGCCAUAACGGGAGAGAACACUACCUUCGCGCUUUGUGGUUUCGUACGGGCAAUGGGCGAGGCGGACGACUCGCUGAACAGGCUGGCACAGCAGAGCGGCCUGCUCGAGAAGGUGUGGAGCCCGGUCAAAUAA